AUGCCGAAAUCGAAAAGCCCGUGCCUAACCCGCUUUCUCUCCGACUUCACCUUGGGCUUCUCAGAUGGCUUGACCGUUCCAUUUGCCCUCACUGCAGGGCUCAGCUCACUGGGGAGGGCUGAUACCGUCAUCUACGCUGGUCUGGCUGAGUUGUGCGCUGGAAGCAUCAGCAUGGGCAUCGGUGGAUAUUUAUCCGCAUUAGACGAAGUUCCUUCUUCCUCUGGAAGCAAAGACGAGCUCGACAGUGCUGGAGACGAAGAAGAGUUGAGAGGGAUGCUGCGCGAUGGAAGCUCGAGAGGCUCCACCAGUAACCUAAGCGACAGCAUAGACGAGAAGGACAUGGAACAAGAAUCGGGAGAGGACCUCAUUCGGAGCCAUCUGGAGCCGCUGGCUCUGCCGAAUACCACUGUUCUGGAGAUUCUUGCAACGCUGAGAAAUCGUCCGGACGGGGUAGCACGAUCCAUCCGCCGCCUGGAGCAGUACAAUGCUGUGACGGAGCAGCCCUCUGACCAGCUUCCAAUCUGGCCGGUUGCCUCGGGACUAUCCAUCUCGCUGGGGUAUGUCGUUGGCGGUAUCAUCCCCCUCUUCCCGUACUUCUUUACUUCUACUGUCGGGAAAGGCCUCCAGUGGAGCAUCGCCAUGUGUCUGAUUGCUCUCAUGGCCUUCGGGUCGGGCAAGAGCUGGGUGCUCCGUGGGGAGGAUAGGAGUAUCAAGAGAAGCUUGUGGGAGGGUCUUCAGAUGCUCAUUUUGGGGACACUGGCUGCGGGUGCGGCGGUUCUGUGUGUGAAUCUUGUUGGAGCGGGCUCGGAGCCUGGUCAAUGA